UUGUCGUCCGGGCCGAAGCAGCCCGCUGCCGUCCCGAUCCGCACUGCGGCCCCGCCGCCGCCACCAUGUCCCUGCACGGCAAACGGAAGGAGAUCUACAAGUAUGAAGCGCCCUGGACCGUCUACGCCAUGAACUGGAGCGUGCGGCCCGACAAGCGCUUUCGCCUGGCGCUGGGCAGCUUCGUGGAGGAGUACAACAACAAGGUCCAGCUUGUUGGUUUAGACGAAGAGAGUUCCGAGUUUAUUUGCCGGAACACCUUCGACCAUCCGUACCCCACCACAAAGCUCAUGUGGAUCCCUGACACAAAAGGCGUCUAUCCAGACCUGCUGGCGACGAGCGGCGACUAUCUCCGCGUGUGGAGGGUUGGUGAAACAGAGACCAGACUGGAAUGUUUGCUCAACAAUAACAAGAACUCGGAUUUCUGUGCUCCUCUGACCUCCUUUGACUGGAACGAGGUGGACCCUUAUCUUUUAGGUACCUCCAGCAUUGACACGACGUGUACCAUAUGGGGGCUGGAGACCGGGCAGGUGUUGGGGCGAGUGAAUCUUGUGUCCGGCCAUGUGAAGACCCAGCUGAUUGCCCAUGACAAAGAGGUCUAUGAUAUUGCAUUUAGCCGGGCCGGGGGUGGCAGGGACAUGUUUGCCUCUGUGGGUGCUGAUGGCUCGGUGCGGAUGUUUGACCUCCGUCAUCUAGAACACAGCACCAUCAUUUACGAAGACCCACAGCAUCACCCACUGCUUCGCCUCUGCUGGAACAAGCAGGACCCCAACUACCUAGCCACCAUGGCCAUGGACGGAAUGGAGGUAGUGAUUCUGGACGUUCGAGUUCCCUGCACGCCUGUCGCCAGGUUAAACAACCACCGAGCAUGUGUCAAUGGCAUUGCUUGGGCCCCACAUUCAUCCUGCCACAUCUGUACUGCAGCGGAUGACCAUCAGGCUCUCAUCUGGGACAUCCAGCAAAUGCCCCGGGCCAUCGAGGACCCCAUCCUGGCCUACACAGCCGAGGGAGAGAUCAACAAUGUGCAGUGGGCGUCGACUCAGCCCGACUGGAUCGCCAUCUGCUACAACAACUGCCUGGAGAUACUCAGAGUGUAGUGUCGGUGGCGCCGCGCCCACGAGGCAGGGGCUUGUGUGUUUCCCGCCUCUGUCCCACCCCCAAAGUAAGAAGAAACAUGUUUCCGGUGGCCAGUACGUCUUUCCUUGCUUUGCACCCACUGUUCCCGGAAGCUGCUCUAGGAGUUCCCGGCCAGCCACCCCACCGCUCUCUGGGCCGGACUCAGUGCUGUGUGGCGCCUCCUCAGCCCAGGGCUGAGUUUUAAGAUUUUCUCUCUUCUCCUCAUCUCCGUUGGUUCCUCAAUUAAAAAUUUCUGUAUAUUUGUUUGUCA